CCUUCCGUAUUUAUAAGAACCUCACCCUUCUUUAUCUCCCUUGUAACAAUCCAAUCCAACACAACUCAACUCCCUUUUCUCUCCCUUUCUCAAUCUCAAUCUCCAUCCACCGCCAAACUCAAACACAACCCAACAAACAAACAAACCAACCUCUUUUCUUCUUUCCUUUUGAUACAACCUUAGUUGCGUCACCAAUGGAUGAAAAACCAAGAAGAACCUGCAACACCCUUUUGACUGACGACGAGAUCGACCUUCGACGAGGCCCUUGGACCGUCGAUGAGGACCUCACUCUCAUCAAUUACAUUGCCACUCACGGCGAAGGUCGCUGGAACACCCUCGCCCUCUCUGCUGGGCUGAAACGAACGGGGAAGAGUUGCAGAUUGAGGUGGCUCAACUAUCUUCGUCCUGAUGUUCGACGUGGAAACAUCACGCUUGAGGAACAACUUUUGAUCCUGGAGCUCCAUUCUCGCUGGGGAAACCGAUGGUCGAAAAUUGCUCAAUAUUUGCCUGGUAGAACGGACAAUGAGAUAAAAAACUAUUGGAGAACUCGUGUCCAAAAGCAUGCGAAACAGCUCAAAUGUGACGUGAACAGCAAACAGUUCAAGGACGCCAUGCGUUACCUUUGGAUGCCGAGGUUGGUGGAACGCAUUCAAGCAGCUGCAACUGCAACUGCCUCGGUCGCCACCAACAAUGCAUACAACUCUGAGAACAACAUUAAAAACAACCAAAUAGAGGUUCAUAAUCUCAAGGACAAAAUGGGAUUAAUCGAACCUUCUCUCAUGAACAACGACUUCGUGGGUUCCUACGUCAUGCAAAGUCACACCCCAGAGAACAGUAGCACGGCUUUGUCGUCAUCAGACUCGUUCGGGACUCAAGUCUCAACAAAAUCCGAUCUCACCGAUUAUUACAGCGUUCCGGUUAGCAGUAACAAUAACAACGCUACUCCUGCAGAUUAUUAUCAACCCUCUCAAAUGAGUUACUCCAAUUGCAUCAGCAGCCCACCCGGGUUUUUGCCUCAAGGAUUGGAUUUUCAAUCCCUAGAUCCGUGGAACCUGCAGAAUGGGGACUCGUCUGACAAUUUUUGGAACGUCGAAAACAUGUUGUUCUUGGAGCAACAUCUCAUGAACGACAACAUGUGAAACAUUCGAACUCAAAAAAAGAAAAAAAAAAAAACUUAGAUGCAAUUCUUUAAGUAAGUUUAGCGCUGUAUUUUAAUUAAAGUUAAAGUUAACGUUUAUUGAAGUGAAACUUUAAUUUUAAUUGAAUAAUAACAGCACUAAAAAUAAGAGUUGUUUUCAAGUUGUAGUAUUUUACAGAUACCAAGAGCAGGUGGAAGUAGAAAAAAAAAAUAGGACAUCAAAUAAAUAAAUUAUUCAUGUGUAGGUAUACAAAAUCCAUGAUGAUGAUGGAGGUGUUAUCUGAAAAAUGUGGAUUAAGGAAUUUAUUGGGGAUUAUUUUUCAGCCUAUUAUAAGUGGUUUAUUGUAAUGGUUGUUUUC